CACCAAUACCCAUAGCAUCAUGGCCAACCGUCCACAAGACCACGACGCCAAGGUGCUCACCAUCGCCGAUCUGGCCCAAGAGGCCCAGAAACGCCUGCCCCCGGUCGUUCGCGACUACUUCAACGAAGGCGCCGGCGAACUCAUCACCCUAAAAGACAACGAGUCCGCCUACAACCGAUACAAACUCCUCCCGCGCGUCCUCCGCGACGUGGACGCCCUCGACACCAGCACCACGAUCUUCGGCACAAAAAUCACCUUCCCCUUCGGCUUCGCCCCCGCGGCGGCCCACAAACUCGCCCACUCGGACGGCGAGAUCGGCACGUCCCGCACGGCCGCGAAACACAACAUCCCAAUGUGUCUCUCCUCGUGGGCGACGACGGGGAUUGAAGAUGUGAUUGCCCAGGGAAACGGGAAUCCGUAUGCCAUGCAGGUUUCGUUCUUUAGGGAUGUGGGGAUUACGAGGGGGGUUAUUAGGAGGGCGGAGGAGGCAGGAUAUAAAGCCCUCUUCGUGAGUGUCGAUCUGCCGGUGUUGGGAAAUCGAUUAAACGAGUCCCGGAAUAAUUUCAACUUUCCGAGUGAUAUGCGGUUUCCCGUCCUGGCGGAGGGGAUGGAGGAGUUGGGGUUGAAGUCCACGUAUGAGAGGGGUUAUGAUCCAACCAUCCGAUGGGACAAGACCAUCGCAUGGCUGCGACAGAAUACCAAGUUGGAGAUUUGGCUUAAGGGGGUCUACUCCCCCGAAGACGUCCAGUUAGCAAUCGACCACAAAGUCGACGGCAUCAUCAUCUCCAACCACGGGGGUCGGCAACUCGACGGCGUCCCUGCGACAUUGGACGCCCUGCGCAUUUGUGCCCCCGUGGCGAAAGGAAAGAUUCCUCUCGCCAUUGAUGGGGGGAUUCGUCGCGGCGCGGAUGUCUUCAAGGCCCUUGCGCUGGGGGCGUCGAUUUGCUUUGUGGGUCGGAUUCCCAUUUGGGGGUUGGCGUAUAAUGGCGAGAAGGGGGUGGAUUUGGCGGUCAAGAUUAUCUAUGAUGAGUUUUGUCGCACGAUGCAGUUGACGGGAUGUCGGACUAUUGCGGAUAUCGCGCCGAGUCAUUUGGGGAUCUUGGAGACGAAUGGGUUGCUGGCGAAGUUAUGA